GACACGGAGUAGUGAGGUGGCGCUCGGGCAAUUCGUCACGAACCGGAGUCCCGUCGAGUCUCCCUCGGCAACUCGCGCAACUCCAACUAACCAACUUGAACGUCGCCGCGCGAGAUAUUGAUACAGUGUGCAGCCGCGCGCGCGUUCAUCUAUCGCGUCAAUCCGAUCAUUGGUGCGUUUCCCACAGCUUUUAAUCGUUCUCGGAAUACGGUGAGAGUCUACGGAGUGUGACUUGUUACCAAAACGACGCGACGCUGCUGUUACAGUAUGCGAGAGGAGCCUGCAAGUGUCCGUCGCCGGAAAGGAUAAUAAUACCGUCAUAACACCGUGAGAUCUCCCAGUGUGUCCAACAGUGAGAUUUGACGUGUUACUUCCAAUAAUUGGAUUACGAUCGAAUCCGAGUAUCGAUUAUCGUCUCACAUCUCGCGACGGGAAUAUGGAGGUACGGCACGGUGCGCUUGGAAUGUGUUGAUUUUGCGAAUUCGUGAGAGUUCAGUGUCGACACAACAUACGCGCAUUUCACGCGCGAUCCGCGCGUUCUUGACCUCCUCCCUCGGGAACUUUCGCCACGGGAUGCGACGUGCUGUCGUGCGCAUUCGCUGAUUCAAGUGAUCGACGCCGAGCGACGGAUAGCUGCCGCGCUCGCUCCGACGGUGCCGUCGUGCUCCUGAUUGACAACGCGUUGCGUUCGCAGCGUCGCCAUUGUUUCCGAUAAAAUUCCGGAAAAAACGGGAACCAAUGAGCAGCUUGGUGAGCUGUGCUGCAGGCGAGAUAAACACGAGCUGGAUCCAUGGGACCGACGCCACCUCGGACAUCAUCGAGAACGACGCGCCGACAGAGGCGACUCAAAUUUGAUCGAAUUACGACUUCGAAGUACGCGAAGUCGAUACUUGGCCGAUAGACUGAGCUUGCGAACGGAAGUUUCGGUGAAGCGCGCGCCAAAUCUUCUCGGGCAGUCGACUCGGAUCCCGACGGCGGGCACAGCGAGUCGUGAGAAGCGUCGCGAGGAUCGUCGGGAAUCAUCGCCCAGAGCAUCAUCUCACUGUGAGGCUCCGCGAUGACAGUGUGAGUGACAGAAGGUCGCCCGAUAAGGUCGAUCAGGAGGAUACGAGAAGAAGUGUCGCAGGAUCCGUGACUUACCGAACACACGGUCAAAGUGGAGUGUGGAUGUGGUGGAGGUGCGACGGUGGUGGAAGAAGUAGGUGGUUGUGGACGACUGCAGCGAGGUCGGCGUGUGCGAAAGUGCGGGUGCCGUUCGUGUCGGUCGUCGAAUCCAGGUGCCCGUGGUGGUGACGGUGCUGAUCGUCGUCCACAUUGUUACCAUGGUUUCCACGUCUUUCGUGACUCUGGUGUUCCUCGUGUGCCUGCAAACGGUACUACUGUCGACUGUGAGCAACUGUGCGAAGACGAUCACCAUGUAUUGGAACACCACCAAUUCCAUAUUUCGAAUAGACAACACAGAUCACAUAAUCGAUGUGAACAAGCACAACGCGGCGUUCGAGUACGAUCAGGUCAAUAUAAUAUGUCCUGUGUACACGUCGGACACGUAUGAUGACGAUACUGAGAAGUACAUCAUCUACAACGUGUCCAAGGAGGAGUACGAGACAUGUCGGAUAACGAACUCCAAUCCGCGGGUAAUAGCGGUCUGCGACAAGCCGCGCAAAACGAUGUACUUCACCAUCACCUUCAGGCCGUUCACGCCGCAACCCGAUGGUCUCGAGUUCCUCCCAGGCCACGAUUACUACUUCAUCAGCACCUCGUCCAAGGACGACCUCCAUAGGCGCAUCGGCGGCCGGUGCACCAGCCACAACAUGAAGGUUGUCUUCAAGGUCUGCUGCAGCGCUGAUGCCGAGACCUCGUCCUCGUCGGCGACGUCACGUAACAACUCCGUAGCCGUGACCAGCAGCACCAUGCCCAGCAGCAGCUCGACGAGCACCGCGAUUUUGGGCGGCGGAGCCGCCGGCCUGCCGCCCCCGCCGCCGCCGCCGAGCGUCUACAAGGGCGGAGAUCGAUUCUACCCGGGGGGCAGCAUUCAUCAUCAUCACGAUCAUCAUCAGCCGGCCACGGUGGCGCCGACCCUGCCUCACGUACCCCCGCCGGCCAUCUACCCCGUGCAUCCGCAUCAGCCGCAACCGCCGAUUCACAAUGGACCGCCGUCCUCCACGCCGCCCAAGACCUCGAUCGGCCAGAAGAAGAAGAACAAGGAGUAUUCGGAUCAUCCGAACGAGGUGGUGAAGAACGAGGAGCUGACGUACGCGAGCCGCGCAAACCCACAGUUUCGGUACACGCAGAGCAUGAUCCUGGCGACGGGCAGCGUGCUGAUGAGCACGUUGCUGCUGCAGCUGCUGCAGUGAAGCGACAACAACGGCCGCGUACGAGAACGUAUAUCCCAUACGUCGAAACCCCUUCUUCUGUGAUUAUCCUACGUUUAAUUGAUUUCUUGAGAGACGCGCGACAUGCGCGCCCCUCGGCCGUCCCUCGAUCGUAAGACACGCACGAUCCACGGUCGCGCCGACUCGAGAGAUAGUAGAGAAGAGAGAAGACGGCGGAGAAGAUAGAAAAAGAAGAGAGGAGGAGAGAGAAAAAGGACGAAGGUCGAAGAGCUAAAAAGACACGUCGAGAGAAGAGACACGCACGACACACGAGCGGCGCACGCCAUAUUAACUAUUAACGAACUCGGAGUUCCCAGGGUGAAAUGCCCGUAGGACGACGAAGACGACGCCGAGGGCAGGAUGGAUAGAAGAGAGAAAGAGGAAAAGCGGAAAAAAAGACGAAGAUACGCUACUACUAGUACACUACUUAUAGUACACGCCCACUAUUAUCACUACUAUAAAUGGUAGUCGUAUUGGUUGUCCUUCUUAUCAUUACGCUAACUGGUAGAUAUUUAUUCAAAUACGAGACGGGAGCGGGAGUCGUGGCAGCGUGCUAAGUAUCCUCGAGCGAAAGGAGGUGAUGAGUAUGAAAGAGGGAGAGAAAGAAGGAGAAAGGAAGACAUCUAAGCAUAUAUUAGUGGGCUACGCGAUCCCAUCAGAUCGCGUCUCUCUAAUUCAAGCGUCGCGAAUCCUUCAUUUGAAACGAAAAAUAUCGCGUGAGCUCGGCCAUCGACGACGACGACGACGACGAACGGUCCUUCGUUAAGGGGUCCUCGCUCGGGGUCGACGAGGAGAGACACGCAGUGUCGUUCCUCGUUUCGCGCGAUCGUCCGAGCGCGCCGCGCCUCGAGAAAAGAGUACCUGAAAAUCACUGAACGUUUUCGACCACGCGACCAAUGCGGUAAUUAAUGAAUCCGGAGCGAGAACCGCGAGCGGACUGCCGGGAGACCUCGUAGAUACUACGCUUGAAUACUCCAAGUCGUCGACGCGACACGAUGCGCGACGUAGUACCUCGAUGAUCGUACAACGGCUCGCGAAGGAAUGGCGGAGAGUCGCCGAAGAAUUUGUGUCGCGUCGUGGAAGUAAUCGUGUCUUCUCGCGCGGCGUCAGCUCGGACCGGUAGUGCGCGGCUGACCGUUCAGUCGAAGGACGCCGAGGACGAAGGAUCAUUCGAGUUCGCGUGCGAGAUCGUGAGUAGGAUAGUUAGCACGCGUGUAAAUAAAUUCCUAAUGAAUAUGUACAAGUGGCUCCUGACCCGCCUCGACAGCGAGGAGGGUCGGGGAGAUUUAAGAAAGAGUGCCGUAUUUCUAGGUAAAUCUUAUACAUGAAAUGAGAGCGCGUGGACGAGUGCGAGAGAAAAUGUGAGCGAGCAUGCGUGUGCAAAGAGAGAGAGAGAGAGAGAGAGAGAGAGAGAGAGAGAGAGAUAUGAGUGAUGCGAUUGCGACGGACGACGCGAGCACCGAGUUUGAAGACGGGCUCGGCGAACGAAGCGUCGCGGUUGCGCGACACGAACUCGUGCGAAUUUCAGCCACUACUACGACGGUCUAAUUAUUGUCACGAGUCAACGAGACUACAGUGUACGUCGUUGACUCGAAUCCCGUUCGGUAGGGAAGAUGGCGGCGAAAACGAGCGAGCGAGAGACUGAGUCGCGAAGUUAGCAAGACAGAUGUGUAUAAUAGCUGUACCAUACCGAGACUUCUAUCUAUAGAUCUGUAUUAUAUUUAUUAUCCGCUAUUAUUACGCUCUACGAAUAUUCAAACACUCGAUAUUCUAUAUUUGCUAGUGAAAUAUCAAAUUUAAUAGCGAACAAAUUAACGUGAACUGCCAGGGGUGAAGAAGCGGCACGAACAAACCUCUCCUUUCUCCCCCUCCCCUGGGCAUCCACCCCAUUGUCGUUUAUUUCCCCGUUUCACUCCGAUUUUGUUCCAAGUGUCAAACACGAACAACGCGUCGAUCCAUUGUUAUUAGCAGACCCAAUCAAUUGACUAUUCGAUCAUGUUUCCGAUUUAUUAUUUUUGUUCUACGUUUCUUUGUUUAUUAUUUUAUUUAUUAUCGACUGCCAGGCAAAAGACUCGCGCGCGCAUGCACACGUGUUUCACGCAUUCGCUGCACAUACCGCGGAAUUCGCUUUUUUUCACGCGACAAUCGUGCGCCGAACGUGCGUAAAAUCGUCGAUUGCGCGAACUGAAAUAUACUCGCGGGUGCGACACGCGACCUGGACAUGCGUGCGCGCGCGCGAAUACGACGCAACACGUGCGAGAGUAAAAGACGAAGCAGUGAGUAAUUUUUCGUUUGUGUCGGUCACAAGGGAAAAUUGCGAGCGCGACUGCACUAACGAAUUAUUGUAAAUACGAAUUAUGCGCGGAAAAUGAGUACUGUGGCGAGAGGAGGAGGAUACGUGCAUGAAUGUGUGCCUGCGUGCGUGCGUGUGAAAGAGUGAAAAAAAGAACGGAAGAGAUCAUCCCCUAUUCAGAAUCUCAGACAGCGAGACGAGAGUCGUUGCGCGGAUCGCUCGUACGGCCCGGCUCGCUUUCGAAGGUUCGAUCAUAAUUCAUCGUCCCUCACUUUCGUCGACCAUUCGCGAGAGCGAAUGAUCACGAUCGGUCGAGAAUCGCGAACACGGCGGAAAUUCAGCAGCGUCUGCAUAAUGUUAUCCACUGCAGUAUUGUAAGCCUAAGUAUCGUACGCCUCCGCCAUCCACGUCGGUCCUGUCGUCUGUCCGUUCGCCUUUAUCCGUCGUUUUGUAUUCCCACUUCUUGCGUAUCGCGCAACGACGAACGAGCGAAUUCGAUCCCGAUGACGCACUCUUUACACUAUUUCACUCGAAACACACAAUUCUGUCGGAUAUCGGUGCAUCUUUUAAACAAAUAACAUUCUUAAGUUAUCUUAUUGAUAAAAUAUGCGGAAUUUAAUUCAUAAUCAGGAUUCACCUAUAUGUUACGUGUUCAUCUCUGAUUUUCCUUCAAUUUUUCUUCAACCAAGGUGAUUAUCGAAAAUUAAUAUAGAUGAAAAGUCCACUUGCCACUUCAGAUUUCGUUUCGCCAACGAGUGCGCUCAUGUUUGCCGCAGGCAAGUGAGGAUGCCAGUAAGAUCUCGCUAGUCGCGGAGCAGAGUUCGAAUAAGCGACGGAGAAAAACAGGAAGGCAAGAUCCCGCUUGAUCAAUCAAUCGUUCGUUCGUUCGUUGCGCAAAAGAGCGACACUACAGAGACGCGCGUGGAUUCAACAGUGAAUGGUACUCACUCGCGCGCAAACGAGAUAAGCGAAUACACACUAUAACAAUAAUAUAGUAUCGAACUAUUCGAUAGAAAAUAGACAAGGUCACUCACUGCAAGUUCAUUUCUUUUAUUUUAUUUCCCUGUUUGUUUCGUUUACUUUUCUGUCACCCAUCCGUAUCCCCACAAAUCCACCCAGGAACACCCAUCGCCGCCGUGAGACGUGAGGCGUCCUGCUGCCGACGAGGCGAAAAUGAAGUAUUUUUUUAACAACACAGAUAGAACGCAUCCGGUGGGUUUAUUUGUUCAGAAACUUGUGUAAAUAGAGAAAGAGAGAGAGAGAGGAAGAAAGAGGCGUAUAACGUGUGCUCGCGCGCACACAAAAAUCUGUGCCGCCGUAACGAGACAGAUUUUAUAUAUCCACGCGACCUGUGGACUUGUCGAUACGAUUAACACGUGUAAAUAAACGAACGUCCGAAGUAGGAUUACAGGGAGAAAAAGGAAGGAAAAGAAAAAGAAAGAAUAAAAAACAGGAUACGCUUCACGUCCAUCCCGAGAGGAGACCUGAGUUUUCCCCGUCUGUCAUUACAUUUGGUAAUACGCUACUUAAUUACGUAAUCAUCCCACUCGUGUGCGUGUGCAAGUACAGGUGCAGUAACGUUACCCGACGAGAGCACGCGCGGGUGUCUCUCCCUGUGUCUCGAAAAGAAAAAAAGGAAAAGAAGAAAAGUAUGAGAGACACAGCACGUAGUUUCGCGCGUUUUUUAAAAGGAAAAAAAAAGAAAGAAAGACUUGUUUCUCUCUUCUCGAGAUCGAGGGUAAUAUAUAUCUGCCGCGCUGAGACGACACACCGGCAGCGGUCUAAUGAAUUAAUUAAUUAACGUAAAAAGGGCGAGGAUAAAGUGAAUUUCGUAGAGGUACAUCUCUUGUAAAUAAACAAAUUAACGAUUGAUAACGCGGUAACACGAUGAAAUUUAUAUUAAAUGCAUAGCGAAUACGAGAUAGGUUUCUAAUAACGAUUUAUUAUAUAAAAAAAAUGAAUGUAUGUUGAUGUCUAAGAUUUUUAACAAGAUGGAGACACAAAGCGGUUAAUUGUAAACUAUGAUUAAACUAUUCGUAACCGAGGACACACACGAGUACUAAUUAAACAGGAAGCGUUCGAGUGCAGAGCAACACUUAGCCAGAUCGUGAUUUCUCACGUUGCAUAUGUUAUUUUGUAACUGGAGCCUACAGGACCCAUACACUCUCGAUGUCACGGCUAGCAUACGCGGCGCUUCGUCGAGGAAACGAUAGUAGAUCGACAUAUGUUUGACCAGCGGCUUCUCGAUUUCGCUCUUACAUUUUCUCAUAUUUCUCGUAACUGAGCAGUCACCGAGCCAUUUAAUAUCGAUAAAAAUGUUUGCGACACGUAUCGGAAAUUCUUCGAUAUACAUCGCUGGUGUUCGUUAAAGUUGAAGAAAUUGCGGUACAUCCUGUACGCGGUAAUGCUAAUCAAUUAAACUAAAUAAACUAAUUGACGGAAACUGAUAAGAAACUAAAAUGACCAACUAGCGUGCACUAAUCCUUCUGUAGACUUUAUUCGCGGUGUUUCGAUAACAAGAAUCGUAAAUUAUAUUAAUUUCUAGUCUGGUUAUACAGUCCGGCGAGUUUUUACCGCGAUUAUCUGUCUCUCGAAAGGCGCGCUACACACUUUCGUCCGGGCGAGAUUAUUUAACGCCGAGCGCGACGCAUUCCGUGAAUAAUGAGACGCCGCGCGCUCGCAUCCGUGAUAUCGGGAUAUUAAUUAAAAACCCUCAUCUCGCCGGUCUGCUAAGGCUCGUUAAUGAGCGCUCGUCGAACGUUUUCGCGAUCAUGCCGCGUAUGGUAUCCUUGAAGCGGGACCCUAUAGAUUGCGUGUGUUCACCAGUAUGCACAUUCAGUACCAGUCGUUCAUUACGAAGCAUUACAAUACAAUACAAAGUAGCGUAGCGUUCAUAACAGUAGUCCACUAUAGCGAAAUAGUAUUAAAAACAAGCAGCCACAGCAGACGAAAGAAAGGAAAAACAGGAAAAACUCAUAAUCCACUAAAAAAAAAAAGAAAAAAAAACGAAAGAAAGACAAACUGAGAAAAGAAAUUGCAUGUAACAGUACGUGACAGUACGCGUAAACGAAUUUUUCACGAGAGUGAGAGACCACGAGGCGCGCAGAGAAAACACGAAACACAUUACCUACGUCACACACGAGGAGAAAACACGAGGAGCUGUCGCGAAACUCUGUGCUAUGGCGCAACGGGAGAUCACAUAUAUACGCGUGGUAGGUGAGUGACAGAGAGUGAGAGAAUGAGAAUUGAUGAGAGCGAUUGUAAAAUAGAGAACGUGAGGAAGAGAGCACGAAAGUAAGAGGCGAAGCACACGAUGUAUAUCUAAAUGAAAAAAAAAAUAAUGCUACUUGUUCUUGUAAGCGCGAUGUGCACGCAUGAUGCGUGCGACUGAUGCGUGAGAGCGAAAACAGAUAGGGAGGCGGGCAAGAUGUACGUGGUCCUACGCGUGAGCGUAGACUCGUCGGUGUUACACAAUUUAUGUAGGUAUAUUCUAUAUGUAUGUCGAUAUAUAGCGAAGUAUAUCGAUGGCAAACGAAAGUAAUGUAAAAAGAAAAAAAGAGACGAAAGAAAAAGAGGGAGGGAGGGAGGGAGAUUCGUGUGCGUCGGGCCGGGGGAGAUCAGCCACAUCGUAUUUUGUUGUUUCGAAGUACCUUGACGCGAAUCGUCUCUGUUUGGAAAUUGGGGAAAUGCGAAAGCAAGGAUCGCAGGACAGUCCACCGGAGAAAAUUCGAUGGAUGGUAGCUUUGUUCUUUCCGAGAGCAACGUCGAUCGCGCGCUCGAUCGAUUUCUUAUCGCGUUGAAAAUUCAUCCAGUCGUUGUCUUUUAUUAUCUCUUGAAAAAUGAAGCUUUCAACGAAUAUUAAUAAGUAUCAAAUUAGAAUCGCGCAUAGCUUUAGAAGAAAUACAGCGAUAUUUAUUUCCCUGAUCAAUAUUCAUUUUGCAUGUGCUAGUUACUUUCGCAGUUCAAGAUGAAUUGACAGUGCUCGUUUCAGAAGGCGGACCGUCCUGCUUAAUGAUCCUGCUGUUAGUACAAAGAAGCUGAUCAACGCGCGAGAUAUACACGACCUACUCGUGUCGUAUAAAUCGCGGAAGAAUGACAGUGUGUAUGCAUAACAGUGCUAGCUAGGCUCGUCACUUCGGUAACGCAAGUUCUCUAGUCUGCUCUUCGACUUUAAGUUGGUCGGGAAUUGUCCUAAAAGUUUGCAAGAAAAAAGGUUCAUAUGUAAUAAAGCAUACAAAUUCUAUUCUAAAACAGACGACAAGAGAGACAUAUUGUUAUAUAAAAAAGAAAGACAUUACGUCGUGUAGCUAGAGCGAUUUCUGUCAUAAACUCAAUUACUUUAAUAACUAUACAUAUCGUUCUCGAAAAUUUCGCGCAACAGUCUGAUGUAAGAAAUACGACACGGAAAUAUUGCGGCUUUUAUUGACCUAAAAAUCGUUCCUAAGGAAAAGAGAAACGCACUUGUCUUAUUCUUAUUUUAAUUCGACGUUCAAAUCUUUUAUUUUUAUAUACGCCUAGCAUGCGGAGAGGCCUAAGAAAUUUUGGCACCUAAAACGAAUAUCUCAAAUUAUAAUUUCAGAUAUUUACGUAGCUCGGCUUUUGUAAAAAGAAAAUUAUCACUAGAAAAUAGUAAGAGCUCAAACGAUUUUGUGUUCAAUAGGGCAAACAUAUUAUGCAUUUUUUACUUAUACAUGACGCGAAUUAUAAUUGACUGACAACUAUCCUAUCUAUCCGAUCUACACAAAAGGAGCAAUUCCCGAAAAUAAACUGCCACAUGCGAUCGUUGUCAUCAAUGUUUAAUGUAACGUUUAAUAUAUCCGCUUGCGCAAAAUCAGGCGAAGGGAAAAACAAUAAUCCCGAUAAGAAGGCCAGUAAUUCUCAGCGCAAACGCGUCUCAACGCUUUUUUAAUGCGCUAAUAUCGUAUGCAUUCUUUAAGCAACGAAUUGUUCAUUGACCACUUGUUUCCGCUGGAAGCUAUGCGAUAUUUUAUAUAUUCAAGCGUGACGGCAAUCGUGAAGAGCGAUAUAAUGUCAGCGUAAUUUUAAGUUCACUUUGAUAGAAUUUUAGAAGGAACAACCGUCGAUGAAUAUUCUGCACACAAAACUUCGUCUUCUACUUUUUCUUACACAAACGUGCUUAGACAAGACUUGCUUCCUUCAUGAUAAUGUAAUUAUUUGAUGUUAAUCGAGCAUAAAAUGUCUGUAAUAAUUUGUACGAUAAGCGAGAGAAUACACACGACCGCACUACAUGCGCUUCUACGUAUGGUAGCUUAGUUUUUCGUAUGUUACGUUACAUGUGUAAUCAAUUACACUCACGCGAAGUUACGUUGCCACGUCUGUUCGAUAAUUUGUAGACUGACGAACGCGCACGAAUGUUAUAUCUCUUCUAACACCGAUCCAUAUCUAACAUACAACGAGCGUCGAACGCACCAAAGAGACACGUCUCUCCUCGCGAUCACUGUUAUCUCCUUUUUUCGACGCUACUAUUCUAACUAUUCGAGCUGUAUGUGUAUCGAGCAGAUUUGGGCGAUAAAAUAUUUCGACAAAAUCGAACAACAGUAAGAAAACAAAAAGAAACACAAAAGCUCUGUUUUUCUUUUCCUCGCGACUCGGUUAUUAUGCGAACAACACAUGCAGUCGUAAAAUCAUACAAAAUAACAAACGAGAGUAUAAUCCGAUUGAAAUAGGUGAUUCGUCAAAAGGAAAAGCACGAAAUAAAAAACGCUCAAACCUACUCCGAACGUUGGAAAAAGAAUGCUGCCACAUUUUUUCAGCGAUCUUGUGUCGAGACACGUUUAUUAUUCAAUUAAAGCGUUGAUACUUUGAUCGAUCUGGCUGGUUUCCAACAGAAAAAACUUACUUAUUGGGAAAAGUACAGCUACAGUAAUCAGCUGGAGCUAAGAAGAGACGUACUGUCGAGAGACAAAAGAAGAAUGAAGCGAUAUGCACACAACGACGACGUCAAAGGGCCUGUAAAGAAUUAAAUGAUUAAUCACAGUUAUGCAAAUAAAGAGAGAACUGGAGGCAAGAAAAGAGACAGAAAUUAGCGAGAUUCUCGCCGAGAAGUUUUGAGCCCGCGUCGCGGAAAUUAAUGACAGAAACAGAUUCGAUCGACCAUAUCCGCAAAAGACGAUGUCGCUUGAGGACCUCGAAUAGAAAACAUACUGAACAGCACCCUCACGGCCUGCAGAGAGAUAGCGAAGCUACGAUGAAAAAAAAAAGAAAGAGAAAAAAGAAAUGACACGACGAAAGGGUGGUGUGAGCCCAACCUCACUAUAAGGAUGGCCUAUAUAUCGCACUCGUUUGAAAACUUAUCGCAAGAAUGCACAAGAAGUAGCGUACACUCGCUGUACUGUUUGUUGACUCGAAUAAAUAUGCGGAUUAAAAAGUCGGUUUGGUUUAUAUGUACACGAUGAGCCCAGAAUUCGCGCGGGCGGAACGCUGGCGAUCGGCUGGGGAUAAGAAGUCAAGAAUCGUUUCCCUAUCGCAGCUAUGCGCGUAUAUCUCAUUCUUACGUGAAGAAUAAUUCGUAGGAGAGUUCGAAUCGCGAUAAAAACUUAGGGGAAACAACUCGCAGACGAGCGCGAGCGUUCCUAUUACGGCGAUAUUGUUAUAAUACGAACGUACUCAAGACGGCUUGGUAUACAAGACUAAGAACAAGACGUAAAAUAGGGACAUAAUAUUUUAUAACUCAACUUUUGUACAGAAUAAAUAAAUACUUGUACUGUGGA